UAGGACUGACUAUUCAUACACAGUCUGCACUAAACACCACUUUUCUACCAUCCUGAGAGUCAACACAAAAAAAGGAAGAGUGAAUUUAUUAGAAUGCUGUCACAGAUAAUGCUGGGUUUCAGCCUCCAGCCUUAAGUUUUCCCUUGACAGUAACACACAUGUUUUUCUAGACAGUAAUACAUCAAAGAGAGUGUUCGCUAAUACUGUUGCCACACACCGCGUAUAGGUGGGAUUACUCUUUCUGUUGAUCACAUGUUCCAGCAGUGCAGUUGGUAAGCAAUAGAUGGCUGUUCAGCUCCUGGCUUCAUCAGGUAAUUUAAAUAUCCGUCCACGCCAGCCUUGUCUGCAGAGUUAACUGGGCUGCUUGUUGCUCGUCUUUCUGGAGUUGGACAGGUAAGGUAUUUAUUUUUUUAUUUAUUUUUAAUUAAUUUUUGUAUCUUAAAACCUGCAGUGUCUUCAAAGCUACAAUACAAACUUCUCAUAAUUGUAAUAUUUUAAAUACAUGUACAUUAAAGGGUUUGUGUUUAUUAUUAAUAACUUUAUAUUGUACUGAAGACUCAGUGGUGGUGGAUAAUUACAUUUAAUUAUAAAUAAUUACAUUUAAAAAUAAAGAAAUACUGCUUUCUGGAUUUAAAAAAAAAUGUAUAUAAGGAAAUCUAGAUAAUUUUUUUGUUUUUUGCUGCCAAUUUAAUAUAACGCAUAAUCAUGCAAAUAAUGUGAAUCACAUUUUCUGUGUAUAGAUUAUAAAUACAACUAUCGUGGUAAACUUGUGGAAAUUGUGUUGCCUCGGAGAUGCCCACCGUGCAGGAGCAGAUGGAGCUGGAUGAGAUUGAACAGGAGCUCAGGAAGCUGGCUCGGCAGCAGCAGCAGCUCCUGAGCAGGAAAGAGCUGCUCACCGUGCUGCAGGACUACAAACAAAGCACUGGCUUCAUGUCCCCCUCUGACAAGAAGACAUUGACCAAAAGAACAGACUCCACUGAGAAGACGGAGCUCGAGAGGAUAGAUGAGCAGCUGAGAGACAUUGCAGAGCAAGAGGGAGAGCUUGUGAACCGCAGGAAGGAGAUCCUCUUCCCUAGCCAGUCCAGACCAGAUUUGUGCAAAGCGAAUGGUGGCGUGUUUGUUCUGCCUCACAUUUCGGAUCAGUUUGCAGUUGCAAUACCACCACCGUCAUUUCCAGCACCCCAGCUGACUCUGGAUUACAACAAGCUCCCAGACAGUCCCACCCCAACGCAGUGCCCCUCCUGUCAGCAGUUUGUGACCACAGAGACUUCCAGGAAAGCAGGAAACACUGUCUGGCUAUUGUGCAUCAUGGCAGUGAUGUUUGGAUGCUUUCUUGGCUGUUGUUUAAUCCCCUUCUGUGUACAUGCAUGUAAGGAUGUGGUCCACAAGUGCCCUAAGUGUCGAUCCAAAAUUCAGAAAAUCCAGAGGCUUUAAGAAUCCAGCGAAGUACAGAACAAAUUAGGACUUUGGCUUAUGGAACACCCCACAGACAGCAAAAUGUAGGUUGAAGGGACGAAAUGUGGACGUGUACUGCAAAGUUCACCAAAAAUGUUUAAUUGCCACAAACUGGACAACAGCAGUGAAGCAAUCUGGAGUGUUUUAAAGCUGGGAUAGAAUUCUAAACCCAGGACAAAGAGGUACGAUGAAGUUACUUUGCAUGUCUCAACAGGCACAUUACAAAGGUACAUUUACAUCAUCCGGCACCUGCAUAGAUUUGUAAUGCACACCCCCUUUCCUUUUUAGAUUUAACACAUCGAGAUUGAUAUCCAUUGUUUUGCCUCCAGCAGAAAUAACAGUAUAAAAUAGCAAGUUUCCUCACGUUGGUAACACACAUGCAGUGCGUUCAUAUUCACACAGAACUUGUGCUGCAUGUUCUCUGCUUGCCAUACAAUCAACCCCUUUUACUAUAACUUCAAAAGGGUCUGUUCAAAAUCAGUGAUAAGCAGAGUUAAUUUGAUCAGGACUCCAUGAAUAACCAGUACUGCUGUGGAAAUAUAGUACUAGGUAUUGUAUGGAUUACAUUGGUGUUCAUGAAUACAAUUUAUUUUAAAUAUUUAGUCUUCUAUAUUACAUGUACAACACACCUACAUUUCUGAUUUUAUUAACUCAGUUAAUAUUUUAAAACAAUAUGUUCCACCCAGUUUUAAAAAAAAAACAACUAAAAAAAAACGGUGUAAAGCUUUGAUCUUGUCAGUUUUUUAUUUCUUAACAGCUGAUGAAACUAUUGGCUGUUUUCACGUAUCCAGAUUAGCACUAAUCUUAAACUACCUACAUUAACAUUAGUUUGAUAUUAGAGCCAAUCUGGGUCUGUGAAGCCAGCCAUAAGAAAUAGGAGACCCAGUAAAUCGGAUUCACAGUACAUCACCAGUUUUAUUGACACAAAAAAGGCUGAUAUAUAACAAACAUUUAAUUUGUAACUAAACAUUUGCCACUAUUUACAAAGUAGAGCUCAUAAAAUGUGCUACAUAUAUAUAUAUAUAUAUAAAAAAAUGCAUUACAUAUAUAUAAAUCUAUACACAAUGUGCAAAAAUGUAUGGCAUACAAAUAUGAUACAGCAUUCAUCCCAGGGGUGCAAAGGCAUUGUGGUUUUGAACCACCAACACAAUUUGAUUCCAUUACUUGGUUAAUAAAUUCUGUAUUUCGAUGACUAAAACUGAUGCCAGUUUACUGUAUAAAAGGGCUCCAAACUCAAAGUUUUUGGUAGUAGUUCAGAAAGGUAGGUGACUGUGGACACAAGAGGAUGUGCAACAA